CCCUAUUGCUGAGGGUCACUACCCAGUCCCUACUGACGCGGGGGAGUGCUCACGACUCCUUGCCUGCAGCAGUAGGCUUGCGUGCGCAGAGCCAGAGACACCUCGGGCUCUGAAGUGCGCUGGGACCUGGACGGGCUGGCGGCUAGUCUGCUAGUCAGUCUUCAUCUCUCCGCUGCCUGACCAGCACACUGAGGCUGGUAGGCUCCCAGCUUUCCAGUCCUUCUCCGGAUAAAACGUUCUAAGGUGGAACCAGGAGCUUCUGUUUGCAAGGAUUUGGAAAAGGACUUCAUUAUCUAUAUCCUUUCUGGUCUCUUGGGACCUGUUUAGUCCUUCUCCCUAAACAAAAAUGAACACUUCUGUCCUGUUACAAAUGGAAAGUACCAUUGAUUGGCUCCAACAAAAUGUCAGUUGGGCUCCAUUACUUGAGGAUGAAAAUUGCAAUUACACCAGUCUGAAUGGAACCAAUGUCUCAAGUGCAGAGUGGGGAGGGGCAGCAGGAAGAGUCAGGAAGUGGAUAGGGGGCAAUCCCCACAUCAUGGCAAAGAUUGUGCUGACAUUUGCAUAUGCUGUCAUCAUAAUGAUAUCCCUCUUUGGCAACUCCCUGGUAUGCCAAGUUUUUGUCAAGCACAAAGAAAUCAAGAAAUCAACAGGCCUUCUCAUCUUCAAUCUGGCGAUAUCUGACAUUUUGAUAAUCCUGCUCAACAGUCCAUUUGCUCUGGCUCGUUUCCUGACUGGACAGUGGGUAUUUGGUAGGAUUAUGUGUCAUAUCUGUCGUUUUGCUCAGUACUGCUCCCUCCACGUUUCGACUCUUACACUGAUGGCAGUUGCCAUGGACCGGCACCGGGUAAUUCUUCACCCAAUGAAACCAAGGCUGACACACUCCCAGAGCUUAACGGUUGUUGCUGUGAUCUGGAGCAUUGCAGUGUUCCUUGCUCUUCCGCAUGCAAUUUACCAAAAUGUGUUCACUUACAUCGGCAUGGAUGGCACCACCAGGAGCUACUGCCUCCCUGCCUUUCCUGGACCGAGCCAGCAGGUUUCGAAGUAUGUGGACCUUGGAACAUUUGUCUUGCUGUACAUCCUGCCACUUCUGGUGAUUGUUGUAACCUAUUCUCACCUAGGAAAGAGGUUGUGGCUACAAAAUGCCAUUGGUGAUGCCUCUGCUCGUCAACUUAUGGCACACUACCAGAAGCGGAAGAAGAGCAUCAGGAUGCUGAUACUUAUUGUGUUGGUCUUUGCAGUUUGUUGGUUUCCACUUAAUUUCUAUGUGGUUCUUAUUUCCAAUGCAGGCGUCGAAAAUGAUAGUGUGGUUUUCUAUGGCUUUCACUGGUUUGCAAUGAGCAGCACUUGCUACAAUCCUUUCAUCUACUGCUGGCUCAAUAGGAGCUUCCGUGCCAAACUAAGAUCUAUAUCAUCUUUCAGGAUGCAGUCACUGUUUGUAUGUAGCAGGUCCCAGGUUCAGGAAAUCAAGCCAAAGGAGAGUCUUGAGCUUCGGGAACUCCGGACAUCUUCGCUGCUGCGAGUUCCCCUGGCUGUUCCAGAGCCCCAGGUAUUUGAGGAUCCCAGUUUGGCUACAGGGGAUAAUUCUCAAGUUUCUGUUCAAGGGGAUUGGGAAGAUCCAGAUCCCUCCAUAGAUGAAGAGGCAGCAGCAGUAGCAGGGCCCUCAACCCAGGAUCCUUACUUUUGCAUUCACAUGAAGACUACCAGUCACUAAAUUGGGCACCCAUCUGAUCCAUUGCAAUCUUGCUUAAUGAGUACCUUCUCCCAGACAAUUCAGUCAGAGAUGGGGUAACCUUUAACUUAGAUAUUGAAUACAAUGCUUUACUAUCGUGUGCACCCUCACAGAUCCAUCUCUCUGGAUCUUUUUAUGGUUUUGAGUCUUAGUUCUGGCAUCAGAAUUCUACUUGAGUCCACUGUACCAAAAUGUGGACAACUGACUGUGCCAGACCCUGAAGGAAUUUGUUGACUUACUUAGCUUCCUUGCUUUGCAGAUAAAUGUAUGAGAACCACAUUUCCUGAAUAAGAUUCUUUCUUUGCCUCCAGCUUUUACCUGUGAUUAUUGCUAGUAGUGAUAGUGAGAUGGAGGAACUGUGAGUGAAAGAUGUCUGUGUACAGAAUUACUAAGAAGACUACUUGGUAGCCCCUCUCUGCCAAUAGGAACACCCUUUUCUUCACUGCCCUUGUGCACCGACUUGGUGCUCUCAUGUAAAUUACUUUGUGCAUCAACUUAGUCUGAGGCAGAUACUCAUGAUAAGGAACAAGAAAUACUGGUGAAGGACUCUGGAUUUCUAUUACCCCAUCUUUGUAAAUGUGACUCUGUAUACUCAGUCUACAGAUCUUUGGCUUUAGACUAAUUUCCCACGCUUCAGAUAUCUCAUCUUGUCUAUAACUGUGGACUUUAUCUGGAGGAACUACUUGGAAUUUGUAUUAGCUAAUUUAGCUAAUGUAUACUGGCAUAUGUGGUCUCUGAUGAAUUUAUUGACCUUUCCUAUCAGAACUGGCCAUCUGAGUUGAUUAUUCACUGACUUUUGGUCAUACCUUUAUCCUAAUACUUUCACAACAAGCAGAGCAGCAUCUCCACCCCCCCCCCCAAACUAUUCCCUAUCAACUAUAAUUUGUUGCAUCUUAACAUGACAUAAUCAAGUGCAUACAUGCACACACAUGCAUACAUUUUUAUGUUAACACAGGUAUAAGCUUGUAUAUAUUGCUCCUUGUUACCUCUCAUGCUAUCCACCUGCCUGGUGCUCUCACUUAUUUCUACCUGUAAUUUUCAUGCUAACUGAGCCUAGACAAGAUUUCAUGCCUUAAAGUGAAGUCUUGAAGGCUCUGAGAGUGUGGCAACUUUUUGUCUCUGGAAUCAGCAUUUCGUUAUAGUUGGUGCUUCAUGUGUUCAUUUGAUUUGAUUUGAUUUUUUGGUGUUGUAUAUCUCCCUGUGAAAAUUGUACAGAUUCAUGACCUAAUUUGUGCUCUUAUGUGCUAAUUCCAUUCCUUCGCUAUUUCUAUGCUUUUCUCUAACCAUAUCAAGUUAUCACUUAUGAGUGGCUUUCAUUUUAUUUUGCUUUCUCAUAUACUCAUUUCAACUCAAUUCAUUUUAAUUAAUAAUCUAUAUUCUUUUUUGUUAAUUAUGUCAGUCUCACACAUGGGGUGUGUUACACACUCCUGUUCAGAAGUACACUCAUAGAAUACAACACUGCUUCUCUCUCCUUCCAACAUUUCAUCCGGGUGCUCACUUUUCCAUAUUUGUUUGUUCUGGUGUCUCUAAUAUUGGAUUUUGGUUGCUGCCUUAACCAGAGGUUCACAACUUCUUGUGCUGAGGCUCAUCAUCUCUUCACUAGUUGAAGCCUCCUCAUUUCCGGUGCUUUGUUCCAUCGUAGACUUUCGUUUGCUUCCCCUGCUUUGCUUUCUCUCUCUCCCACUCCCCCUCCCUCUCCCCCUCUCUCCUUCCUUCCCUCCCUCCCUCCCUCCCUCCCUCCCUCCCUCCUUCCUUCCUUCCUUCCUUCCUUCCUUCCUUCCUUCCCUCCUCUCCUUGGUGUUGAUCUAAGUCUAAUACUAAUUCAUUAUUCCUUUUCUACUUUUCCCUGUACACAGAUAUCCCUCUUUCAGUUUCUUCACUUUUUUUGUCACAGAGAUUCCCUUCCUACCCCAGACAAGAGUGAACACGAGAGAACAUUCUUGUUCUUGUGUAUUAUGUUGGCUUAGAAAAUCCAUCAGAGGGCACCAUACACGAGGAUAUUGAGAAAAGUCUAACAGUUUCCUUGAGAUCUCAGCAUUCCUUAAUGAGAUUGUUCUUUCUAGCUGAAUUGUUUGCUUAUACUUUCAUUGUGAAUAGUUAUAAUUUAAUAUCUGAUUAUAAAUGUAGGCAUUAGUAUCUGCUUAUAAAUUUAAGAACUAUAUCAUUGCGAACUGAUUUCAGCUAACUUUAUGUAGAAUACAAAUGUAUUCAUGGCCACAAACUUUACCUUAGGUAUGGGACCUUUGGUGAUCUAAUUGAUUUACUUUAGCAGACAGUCAAUGGCUCCAAGAAACCUGUUACUGAAAGAAAUUUCGCACAUAUUCAAUUUGUGUGAUAGAAACAGCAUCUGUACAAGUCAAAGCACCUUGUGCUUUGAUUUUGAUAUAAGGCAAGAAGUCUCUAGUGGAAACAAGCCCAAGACUCAGAAUACUGGGACACGGAUUUUAUUUGCUCUGAUUCAACUAUUUGUGUGACCUUAGGCAAGUCAUGUGGCCUUAGUGUGCCCCAGUUUCCUCAUCUAUAAACGGUGGUUAAUAAUACCUUAUAGGGCUAUUGUAAGAGUUAUCUGUGAUAACAGGUAUUAUUGUUGUUAAUAGGCUCAUUUUCCUGUUACCCACCUUGUGAUUAUUGCUGUUAAUAUUACUCUAAUUGUAAAUGUUACUAUUGUUAUUGUUAAAUAUUGUUAAAUUAAUGUUGCUGUGCUCCCCUUGAAGUGCUGACCUGUAUACAACUAAGAAGGCUAUGCAGGUAUUUAUGAAAAUACUACUUGAUAUAUCUCACUGGGGAAAAAGGAAAGCUUCUACUGCCUGUUUAGAUUACUUGAAACUAGGUUGGACAGAAUACUGCUGAGAGGAAAAAGAUUUCCAGAGCAGAGACGGAGACAGUAGCUGAACUCUAGACAACUGAACAAAAGAAGUACGUGCCAAGUAAUAAGCAGAUGGAUAAUUUUGAGUUAGUCUCUCAAGUAGGUUUUUCAGAACUUUAGUAUUUCUGCUCUGAGAAGAGCGGCAGAUAAGGAAUCAAAGGACAAAACUUGAAAGAGGUGAAGUGUUUACAAAGUAUAGAAAUGACACAGGGUUUCUAUUCUGAAUUGUCAUCUCUUUUCUAAGAACUCCCUUUAUUUAUGAUUCAAUGUAAUUCUCAAUAAUUGUAUUACAUAUUUAUAUUUGUUAAUGUUUUAGAUAUCAUAGUAAUAUAUUAAGUGUAAUAGUGCUCAUUACGGUGCUCUUCUGAAGUGUGCUUAAUGUGUUUUAUGGUGUUACAUUUAACCAUUUUCCUGCCAAAAUAGUUCGCAAACAAACUGCAAAAAAAUAGAAAAAAAAAUCCCCAAGUUUUAUUUAUGUGUGCUUGUUUAUAUGGAACACUGAAAUUCCCAAAAGAAUGAAUAUCGACAUUGGACUUUGGAACAAUGUAUUACCCUUGUAUGUAUCCAAAACAGGCUACAGUUGAGGGAAACCCCUCACCUAGACAGAGCAACUGCUUCAGAAAUUGUUCUGCUUGACAACCAGGAAGAGUGAAUUCUGAAGUUUGGGAGCUCCAGGCUGUACUCAGAUGAACUGUUCAAAAGGGGAGAGGGUCAAAUUAAGGGUUUAGAGUUGUCUGACUGUAAUUAUCGUGUGUCAGCUGGCUUUUGUACUUAAGUAUAUUUUGACUGGAAUAAUUUUUCAAGUGUUUGAAACUACACACCUUUGUGAAUCCUUUGCGACUCUGUAUAUGCUUAAUUAAAAAUAAAUAAAGCUGAAGAUAAUGAAAA